UUAGCUUGCUUUGAUAUGGGGAGCUGGGGAGUGUUGCCACAAAAAGAAAGGGGCAGAAGCAGCCGGAGGCCUUAUGCUUUGGCUAAGGUUGACCCUCCCCAUUCCUCAUGGGUGCCCCCCCCCCCACUCAAAACCCAAGAACACCAGCACAGUGGCAAAGAAGGAAGCCCUUGUACAAUGAGAGCUUGUGUGGAGCUGGCUAGGGUAGCCUGUGGGAUGCUGGGGGAGGAGAACAAGUGGUGUUUCCCUGCUGUUUGAUUUCCUGCAGAGACAUCCAGCCGCCUCUUCCUCCUUUUCCUCUCCUCCUCCUAGAGCUGCCAUCCCAGGUCUCCUGUACAUCCUCCCAAUUCUUAAAGGAAAGAUCAAGGAAAAGCUAGAUCUGGGAGUUCAGUUCUGGCUUUGCUAUUGAUAGUGUGACCUUAGACAAGUCACUUUAUUUAUGGCUCUCUAUAAGAUAAAGGGGUUGGAUUAAAAAACAUUUUUUUUUUUACCAGCUCAAACCUGCUGAGUUACCUAGGUCAUAGAGUCAGCAUUUUAGAGUCAAACAUCUCAGAGGUCAUAUAGUCUAAAUCCCUCAUUUUACAGUUAAGGAAAUGAAGUCUCAUGUUGGUUAAGUGACAUGUCCAAGGUGGGAUUUGAAUCCAGGUCCUUCAGCUCCAGAGUCAGCACUCUUUCCUUUGUACUCUGGGAGAGGAGGGAUACUUUUUUCUUAAUACAUCCCUGUAGCUAUCCUGUAAAACCCUGUUACCUAAACAACUCAGGGUUAUUAAGGUGAGGACCACCCUUAGUGGGAGAGGUACAGCUCAUUAAGGCACUGCAGAACUCUGGGCCAUUCCUCUAUCCCUCCCACUCCUACCCCACCACUAGGGUUGUGAGUGGUAAAUUGUACUUGGAGGCAAGAAAAUCUGUUUGAAUCCUACCUUAGAGACUGAAUAUGUAACCCCAAGUAAAUCAUUUAACCUGGCUCUGCCUCAGUUUCCUUAUCUAUAAAAUGGGAAUCCCAAAGACACUACCAUGAAGUGUGGCUGUGAGGAUCAGACUAGCAAUUAUGUAUAAACCACUUUGCAAAUCUUAAAGAGCAUAUAAAUGCUAACUCCCCUUAUCUCAACAAGGACCUUGAAUUGUAGUAGAGAGUCUGGAUCUUUGGGUUCUGGGUAAAAAACUUAAAGACAGCUGGAUAGUGUUGUCUGCAGUAUAAUAGUUUGGGAGGGAGACAAUAUGGCUUCUGCUCUUCACUCUACCCAACUGACUUGCUAUGUGGUCUUGGGCAACUUCUGUGCGCUUCAUAUUAAUUUAUAAAAGGGGAAAUGAUUUUGGCCCCACCCACCUCACAAUGAGGACUUAUGAAAUGAAAGUGUGUGUGUGUGUGUGUGUGUGUGUGUGUGUGUGUUCAUGCACACAUGGAAGUGCUCUGGAAAGACCCAAGUGUUGGAUGGAUUUCAUUUUGGUUUCCUAGUAGUGUGCAUCCUUCUUCCCCUCAAGGGCUCUGAAAGUGCUGAGGUUAGGGAACUAUGGGGACCAUUUCUAAACUGCAUCCCCUGCCCCAUCCUGUUGAUCAUGCCUGACAUGCCUUUGGGGGGGACAAGGAGUUGCCUUUAUUCUUGUGGCCUUGGUAGGUAACUCAUUUUGCUCAUAUAUCUGCAAAGUUAAGGCCCUUUGUAGAUAUGGUUACUUUGGCUCCAAUAGAGGGGUUUCUGGGAUGUUGGUUGUAUUGUCCUUAGGUUGAGAGAUGACCUUGAGAAAAUUGAGACCAUCCUUUACCUCUUGGUAUUCUUGCCAGCUGCCAAGCAUAUGCAUUUUCCUGUAUCUCUGUGUCUCCCCAUGUGACUGACUUCCUUGGGAAAUUCCCAGAAUAGUAUCUUGGAUCAGAGAGGGAUGAAACGUCUACCUUGUUACUCAGCCUGAUCCAUCCAACUACUGCUGCCUGAGGCUGCUGUUCCUGUCUAUCCCGCUGUCGUUUGUCCUGGUGUGCUCGAUUCUAUAUGCAUGCUUGUGUUCAAGUGUGUGUGUAUGUGUGUACCCCUUUCCCUAUGGGGAUAUUUAUGUUAGUGGGAAUACAGGCUAAGGAAAUAGGGGAAGGAUGGGACUUGACCUUGGCCCUAAAGAUUUUGGACUGGAAGCAAAGAGGGCUGUAGAUGGUGGGGAGAUGUUUCAGGGUGGGAGAAGUAAUGUACGCAAAUGCAUAGGAAAUUGGUGGGACCUAUUUCGUAAUUUGGGGGGACUUGGUGAAUAGACUAAUCUGGUUUGAGCAAAGACAGUUGUUUCAGUAGGGAAGUGAUGAGACAUCAAGCUAGGAUGGCAAAUUGGGACCACAUUAUAGAAGACCUUUGAGGGGCAGCUUAGAGUUUGUUCUUGAUUCGAUAGGUACUGGGGAGCCUUUUAAGGCUCUUAGUCAGGGGGAGUUGUAUAAUCAGAGCUGUGCAUUCAGAGGAUUAAUCAGAUUGUGCUGUACAAAAUGGAUUAAAGGAGAUGUGUAUACUUGGGAUCCAGAUUGGGAGUGAGGAGUCUAGAGAAAGCAUUCCCAACCACCUUACCCAUGACAUCAGCACCCACCGACAUUAUGACAUCAUUGGCGUAGCGUUCCAAACACCAGGACAGCGCUCUAUUCACACAGGGCCAAUGUUGUCCCCUUCCCCUGCUCCCCAAAGCCCUGCCGUAGUACAGAAUCCUGGGUAGGAGCCCUGUCCACAGCCCUCCCUGGGACAUUGGGAGCUGACUGCCAAGUUCCACCAAUGAGGUUCAACUUACAGGAGGAGACCCAUCCUACUGCCAGGCCCUGACCCCAGGAACUCCCCUGGAUGGUCCAGGACUGACAUCUUACCCCCAUUUCUAUUCCCCAUCUACUCUGACUGGCCUUCUCCUGGCUGGGAGCCCCUGCAGCUGGUGUGAAGAGCUUCGAGGAGGGAGAGUAGCAGGCUUCCAGACCAUGCAUCUGCCUUAAGGCCACCUCCAUACUCUCCGUGUCGGCGUCAUCCCUGACCAUCAGGGGCAGGAGCCCAUCCCUGGGCUCGGGGUCGGUUGGGAAGCUCCCCUAACGGGGCUCAGUUGCCAUCCCGGCCCUGGCCCCAACCAUGUCUAGUCUCGUUGGCAGCCCACAGCCCGAUAGCGGCGGCAGCGGCAGCGGCAACAGCGGCAGCAGCAACAGCAACAGCAAGUCAGGCACCGUAGAGAAAUGCGGGUCAGACGAGGCCCUUCCCCCGGCCAACCCCGAGCGGCGGAACAAGAGCGGCAUCAUCAGUGAGCCCCUCAACAAGAGCCUGCGGAAGUCUCGGCCCCUGUCCCACUACUCGUCCUUCAGUGGUGGCAGCUCGGUGAGCGAGCUGGUGGACAAGGCAGCCGCUGCCUCCGGGCUGGCCAAUGGGCACGACCCGCCCAUGGACAAAACCAACUCUACCUCAAAGCACAAAAGCGGUGCUGUGGCCAGUCUGCUCAGCAAGGCAGAGCGGGCCGCCGAGCUCUCUGCCGAAGGACAGCUAACGCUGCAACAGUUUGCGCAGUCCACAGAGAUGCUGAAACGGGUGGUUCAGGAACACCUUCCCCUGAUGAGUGAGGCUGGGGCGGGGCUCCCAGACAUGGAGGCCGUGUCAGGCACCGAGGCCCUGAACGGCCCUUCCGACUUCCCCUACCUAGGCGCCUUCCCCAUCAAUCCGGGCCUCUUUAUCAUGACGCCCGCCGGCGUGUUCCUGGCCGAGAGCGCCUUGCACAUGGCGGGCCUAGCAGAAUAUCCUAUGCAGAGUGAGCUGGCUUCUGCCAUCAGCUCAGGCAAGAAGAAACGAAAACGUUGCGGCAUGUGCCCACCCUGCCGACGGCGGAUAAACUGCGAGCAGUGUAGCAGUUGUCGGAACCGAAAAACUGGCCACCAGAUUUGCAAAUUCAGAAAAUGUGAGGAGCUCAAAAAGAAGCCUUCUGCUGCUCUGGAGAAGGUGAUGCUUCCAACGGGAGCCGCCUUCCGAUGGUUUCAGUGACGAGUGGAGCCCCGGAGCUGCCAUCUCGUGCAAUGUCCUUGCUUGUGUUGUCUCAAGUAGGGGAUUCGGGCGAAGACGAAUGGAUGCACCUAUGUCUUUUAGAACCAAAAAUAUUCUCUCGCAGAUUUCAUUCCUGUUUUUAUAUAUAUUUUUUUUGUUGUUGUUUUAACAUCUCCACGUUCUAGUAUAAAAAAAAAUCAAAAAACAAAAACAUUUAACUGCUUUGCAGAAGAAGAAAAAAAAACAAAAAAUGAAUCUGUAAAGUAUGGAGACUUAAUAGCAGAGAAUGGACAAUCAGUUUCCUUCGUGUGUUGAUGUUUCUGUUGUGUGUGUGGAAGAUACAGUUUCUGUGUAGAGAAUGUAAAUUUUCAGUAACCUUUUGAAAUCUAGUUACUAAUAAGCACUACUGUAAUUUAGCACAGUUGUUUAACUCCACCUCAUUUAAACUUUGUUUGAUUCUUUCCCAUCAUAAAAUAGCGCAUAGUUUUCCUAGAGUACGCCACUUCCAUGUUUAAUGAGAAUAUGUUUAUAGCAAUGUAGAGCCCCCACCCCGGAAUCAUCCACAUCUGCAACUUACCAGCCAGGAGCAAAGCGUCAAAGGUGGGAGCCCCCCACCCCAGGAGACCAUGGCGCACCCCGGUGGUCCUUCAAAAGAAAAUUAAACUUAGUGACAAUGGUGACUUUAAAAAGAAAAAAAAAAAGUUGUUUUCUAAUUUAUAUGGAUCCAGGGCUCCCACAUACAGAGGUGCCCCAAUCCCAAAUUUACGUAGAAAGGAAAAAUCAAUUUUAUAGUCUUGCUGAGGUUAAAGGCAGAACUGUCUCCAGGGCAAUGGGGUACCCUGGGGCUGAGGAUCCUUGAACCCCUUUUGCCCCCACCUACAUCACCACCCCUGGGCCCUGGUCUCUUACUGCUGAUGGACAUGCUGUUUGUAUUGUUUUAGCGAACCAGGCUGUUUUGUGAAUAAAAUGAAUGCAUGUUUUGUGUCACAAUUCA